UUGCCUCUUCUUUUCCCGCUGUGGUUUGAAAACUGCGGAAACCGCCAUGUCUCCCGGUGAGGCGAGCCUGCAAGUUCCGCCGGGCCUCGAGCUGUACCUGAAGGAGAAACGUCUCGCCACGUUCACUCAGUGGCCAUUCGUCUCUGACUGCUCCUGCACUCCGGACAGGAUGGCAGAAGCUGGAUUCAUUCACUGUCCUGGUGAGAAUGCACCUGAUGUGGCACAAUGUUUCAUAUGCUUUAAAGAAUUAGAGGGAUGGGAACCUGAUGAUGACCCUAUGGAAGAGCACCGUAAGCACUCCCCCAACUGUGCGUUUCUUGCUCUCCAGAAAGAUGUUUGUGACCUGACAGUACAGGAGUUUAUGAGACUUCGUAAAGAGAGGAUGAACAACUUGAUUGAAAAAGAAGUUAACCAGAAAAUUAUCGAGAUGGAAAAAUAUGCUGAUCAUAUCCGUAGUCAAAUAGACCUGCUGCGUUCAUAAACUCUGUAUGCGCCAUUGGA